AGUGUUGUGAAAUGUUGCGAUUACUUGGAAUACCUUUUGUUAAAAGUGAUGGUGAAGCUGAAGCAAUGUGUGCAUGGUUAAAUGAAAAUAAUGUAAGUUACCAGGCAAGACACUUUCAAAGUCCAGUGUCUGAGUGUCAAUGUCAUGGCCAGCAAGUCUUGUAAGACCACAUAAUAAAGAUCCAUACAGAAGGACCACUUACGUCGGAAGCUUUGAAGUUUCUGUCCUUGCGCAUUACGCAUGUUGGCCAGUCAAUGACAUUUUCUGGCCAGUCAAUGACAUUUUCUGGCCAAUAAACACGCUGUAAAGCUGGCUGCUCCGCCUUCUGGCCAGUAAACUGCAUAUUUUUGCAUAAAAAACGAGGACGCGUUGCACCGCUGAGUGGCCCUUCUGUUACUGAUCUUUAUUCUGUGGUACGACCAUGUGACAAGGCAAGUGUCAAUAUCAGAGCAGUGCUGUCAUUGUUAGGACCAGUCACUGCAUGUCAGUGGACAUUAACUUUGUCAUUAUUAGCUGGUCAAUUCUCAGUGUCAUUGUCAUGAUAAAUACUGUAUGUGGGUAAUGUCAGUAUGCAGGUAGUGUCAUUGUCAGUACUGUGCAUAUGCAGUGUAUGUUAACGCCCAUUUACACGAUACGAUUAGUUGUAUACGAUUGUCAUUCUGACGAAUGAAAACGAGUGCUAAUGCCACGUUAUUGCUCAUUCGCUAAUGGCGAAAUUUGAAAUGUGACGUUUGUACGCGUGUUUAUUCGAUCACAUACGCCAGGGUACGAAUCGUAUACAACUAAUCGUACCGUGUAAAUGGGCCUUUAGAGCCAGUGUCAGCUAGGGCAAGCUAGGACAGUGUUGCUGCAUGAAUUAAGGACCAUUGACAGUAGUCAUUUUUAAGACCAUUGGCAGUUAGGGCAAGUGCUGUGUCAGGGUAGUAUAAUUUGUUAUUAUUAUGCCCAUUAUCAGUAUUAGGCCAAUGCCAGUGUACAUGUCAGUGUCAAGGUACAGUGAUGUCAUUGUUGGGUAUUAAAUGACAGUAUCUUGGCCAAUAUGUCAGGGCAAGUGUUGAUGAGAUAGAUCGUAGAAAGAUCCUAGGAAGAUUGUGUUAGGAUCCUAUAGGGUGCUAAUAUUAGGACCCUGUAAUUGUAGGACACUGUAAGAUCUUAAUAGGAUUCAGCUAAAACAAUCUUAGUUAAUAUUACGAUAAGAUCCUGUAAGAUCUUAUUGAGAUCAUACAACCUCGUUACUGGCAUCAGAUUUUUAUGUGACGACAAUGUGACUGAAACAUUAGAUGAAUGAAUGGUUCAGAAUUGUACAAGAUUAUUAUAUGGCAAGCAUCACUUCCGGUGAAAUGGUGGACUGUGAUUGGCUGAGAAGCACUUUCAGCGAUCCAUUAUUUUCCUGUAAUGGACCGGCUUACGUAAAAACAAACGCACACAUUUUAAAACAAAACAGCAAAACUAACAGAAAAUUUGAAAAUUAUAAUUUAGCUUGUUAUUAAUAAGAUAUCUGCAAAUGGUUUUAAAAUGGAAAGGGAGGAAUACAUUGGUAAUUUUUGUUUUCUUCGACCAAAUGUGUACCAUGCUACUAAUAUGCAUUUUAAAUCAUGCAUUUCUUGUUUGUUUCAAGUGUAAAUGCCGUAUAAUAAACUUUUUAUUAGCCUCGCUUGCUCUGUCUUAACAGAGAAAUAUUGGACCUCGGUUUUUUUGCACAAAUCUCGCCUUACGGGCUCGGUCUGUACAAAAAAGACCUGUCCUGAAUCCUGUCUGAUGUCACAGAAGCAACGUACAAUUCGCAUGCCCUGAUUCACCUGCCGCAACAAGUACAGUAAGGAACCAUGAUCCGUUGAUUCUUCAUUAAUUUAAGCGUUGUAUUCGAGUUCAUGUUUCAAGGCAAUAGAGGACUCCCUGACCAAACAAUUAGAAAACUAACAGUGACAUAGCACGGAAAUAGGCACGGCACAUUCAUUUGUUCAAAAUGUCCACAACAAUAUAGUAAUAUACCGCUGUUAAAGAUUUUGAGGCCUGCACAUUCUAGAAGCGAACUAGAGCUUAACAAAGGAAUCAAGAAAUUUAUUCCAUUUUCUAAUAUGAGAUUCCUGUGAUUCAACAUCCUAUCCUCAAAGGAGCUGUGGUUGCUCAAAAAGAUGGUCAAGAUUAUCACAGUAUUCACUAUUUCCGAAAGAAGAAAUCUGUGCGCUUCUUCUUCACGCAGUUUCAAGAAGGCAGAUUAAUAGCUUUUGGAAAGGUCGAAUACUUUGUUAAAGCUGGCAACGUACGAUGGAUUCGCUGCAGUUAUUAAUAAAUCUGUUCAAAAACCUUUGCCUAAUGUUUUGCAAAAAGUAUUCCUCCGCCCGUAGAUCCUGCUCUUGCUGUAAGGCGGUUCAUCACUUUUGCAUUACGCACUUUUAUUGCGCAUAUCUAAUAACAAAUUCUAGCUAUAAUAUAUGUAGUCGAACUGCAAUGUAAAGUGAUAAAAAAAGAGUAAGGGCAAAGAGAAAAACACUCUGCAUUGAGUAUAGGCGUGCUUCCGGAAAUAUACCUUCAAAAAUGACAGAACUCUGGUUAGGGAUGUGCAACUAGCACUAAACCCAUACUAAACCACAUUGCACUUGCACUAAACCAUAUUGCACUUGUCAUAUCUUCGGUGACCCUAACCUUUUUUUCUGUUUUUACUAUGAGGUUAUCAUAAAUUUCACCCCUGGGAAGUUUCAGCAAAUUCUCAUUUCCAGAAAAAUUACUGAUGAAUCACCUUAAGGGGUUUGGUCAGGCCCUUAUCAUGGAUUUUAGAUUUUGGGAGUGUUUUUAAAUAUUCAGGGCGUGCAUAUGCCGAUUGCAUGCACAGACUAGCCAAAUGCACGGUUCCAGUAGCUUCCAGUUAUGCCAAACUGCCAUUACAUUGGGUUGUUGUAAAGAUUCCAAUAAAAAUAUAUAAACUGCUCAAGCAUUCAGCACCGAGUUUUUGUAGAAGGUGAUACUCUAGACUGUUGAUACAAUUUAGUGAUUUUGUAAAUAUUUCUGUGGUACCAGAAGUUACAGUACCACUAAGAAUUUAAGAAUCACCGAGGCAAAUUUGGGCAAAGAAAUCCGAUGAAAUGUAAACUGUAUAAAAUAUUUUUAUUUAAAGCAUGCGUUCAAGCCGAUUUUGUGCUCACUAGAUAAAUCUGAGGUUCUUGUUAAUUAUGACAGUAAUAAGAUCCUAGAUUUUCUUCAUAAGAUCCUGCUCAGGAUCCUGUUAUCAAAAAGGAUUCUAGAUUUAUUUAUUGAAUCCUACUCAGAAUCUUGUUUUAUUAGAACAUCCUUGACCUUUUUCUGGACAGAUAAUUUUACAAUCCUAAUCGAAUAGAUUUGACGAUUCUAGCAGGUUCGUGUUUAGGAACUAUAGUAUUGAAAUCCUGCAAAAUUCUUUAGGGCGGAUCUCCACUAGACGAUUUUUUAGACGAUUUUUAUGACGAUCAUCAUAAGAAUUCGCGACGAUUUAGAGAGGUGGAUAUGUACCAGCAGCAAGAAAAAAGCGCGGAAUCUCAUUGGUUAAAAAUUUGGCGGUUAUUAUUAUUAUUAUUAUUAUAAACUUUAUUUUGACACGGUAGAAUCAUCAGUAAAAAUUUACAUAAUAUAGAUGUAUAUAAAGUAUAGAAAAAGAAGGAAAAGGAAAAAAAUACAAAUGUUAUUUACAAAAGACAGAACAGUACUGAUUUACAUGAUUGCCGUGUGUGAGUCUAAGCUAACCAACAUUCUAGACCUCGUUUAAAAGAACUAAGAGAUUGUGCCGAACGAAGUUCAGUUGGUAAACUAUUCCAUAAAACAGCUCCAUCGUAGCUGAGUGAGCGCUUUAGAUAAUUUGUAUGUGGCUUAGGGACAAAUAAUGUAUUUUCAUUGUUUCUCAAUCUGUAAGGACAAGAUCGCGAAAUAAAUAUGUCUUGUAGAUAUUCCAGUACCCUCUUGUUUAUAGUUUUAUACAUAAGAAUUGCUUUAUGCUUUUUGCGAUUAAGAGAUAACUGGUGCCAGUUUAGCUCCUCCAGUAAAGAAUUCGAGGAGUUUUCAUAUGUGCUUUCCGUGAUCAUACGAGCAGCACGGUUUUGUAACUUUUGUAACUUACUGCUCAGCUCGAUGCCGAUACCGUCCCAAACCGGGCAUUAGUAAUUAAGGUAAGGCUGAAUUAAGCCUUUGUACGCUUUCACUGCAAUUUCCCUGUUUACAAAUCGCCUCACUCGUUUGAGGGCACCUAUUCCUGAGGAUACUUUUUUACAGAUUGUAUCAAUAUGGUUCUUCCAAGUUAAAUUUUCAUCAAUUGUUACACCUAAGGAUUUCGCGUACUGUACUCUUUUAAUUUGAGUGUUAUCUACGCAUAUAUUAAGAUUGUUAACAUCAUGGUACAUCAGCCUCUGUCGAGAGCCAAUGACCAUGAAUUCAGUUUUAGUAAUAUUUAAGCUUAAUCUGUUCGCAUUGAGCCAGGUGUUUAAGCUACUCAGCUCGGUGUUCAUAAUUUCUUCAAGAUCAGGAAGAUUAGAGCUUUGAAAGCUAAUAUUUGUGUCAUCCGCGUACAUACUCGAUAAGCCAUUGUUCAGACAGUUUGGCAAGUCAUUGAUAUAGAACAAGAAUAAAACGGGACCUAUUAUUGAACCUUGGGAGACACCGUAAGUGAUUGGUCGAUUACUAGAUAAAUGUCCAUUUACACAACAUCUUUGUGUACGAUCGGUUAGAUAAGAGUGGAACCAUGUUAAUGCGUUUUCAUCAACCCCGUAUUGAGCAAGUUUAUCCAGAAGAAUUGCGUGAUCAAUAGUAUCGAAAGCUUUUUUUAAGUCGAUAAAAACUACACCAUUGAGUAGUCCAUUGUCGAUAUUUAUCGACCACCUGUUCGUUGUUUUGAGCAGUGCAAUGACCGUACUGUGCAUUGUUCGGAAUCCAGACUGACAUUUAGUCAGUAAUUUAUUGCACGUUAAAUAGUAAUCAAAUUGGUCGUGAAUAAUACUUUCAAAUUAUUUUGCAACGGCUGAAAUAAUUGAGAUUGGACGAUAAUUGUUGAGGUCGUGUUUGGCACCAUCUUUAUGGAUAGGUGUGACAUUGGCGAUUUUCCAUUCUUUUGGGUAUAUGCUAGUGCAAAGUGAUUUGUUAAAUAUAUGCGUCAGGGAAGGGGAUACAACAUCCCUAGCUAACUUUAGUAAUUUGCAUGGAAUGUUUUCGGGACCACUAGCUUUUUGUGUGUUUAUCCUUCCAAGCAAGUCUUUAACAUAGUUAACCUCAAUUGUCUUUAAGGAAAACACACUAUUUGUAGAGUUAAUAUAAGAUAUUGGGUUGACAUCAGUUAUAGGAAUACUUUUAGCCAGGUUUUCACCUAUCUCGGUAAAAUGUGUGUUAAAUGCCUCAGCUAUUUCAUGCGUAUCGGUUACUUCUGCACCAUUAAAGUCAACCCUAUUAACAGUGGAGCGUUUGCUAACAUUACGAGAACUAAGUUGAUUUAUAAGAUUCCAGGUUUUCUUCGGGUCAUUUUUUGCUAAGUCAAGAUUGGUACUGAAAUAGUCACGUUUCAAUUGUUUCAGAUUGUUGUUCACUUCGUUCCUAGCUUUCUUAUAUAAAUUCCAAGUAGAAAUGUCUUUAGGGUUUCAAACUUCUUUUUAAAAUAAUCUCUUGAACGCAUUUGUUGUAGUAUAUUAGGAGUGAUCCAAGGGGAUCUUUUUUUACCAAUUCUAGUCUCCCUUAUUGGGGCAUGUUUAUUAACUACGUUCAUCAACAUGUCAACCCAAACUCUCCACAUGUCGUUUGGAUCAUCAUAAUUUUGAAUAACAUCCCAAUUUAGCUGGGAAAGACCAUCAAGGAAGUUUGUCUCAUUAAAGUGUUUAAAAUCUCUCCUUUUAAUGGUCCUUCCUGCUGUCUUUGGGUAACCAGAUUUGCGAAUCAUAUAGACAAGUGAAUGGUCACUUACACCCAGCGAGAGGACACCGGAAGAGGUCACUUUCUCUGGGUAAUUAGUAAUGCAUAGGUCAAUUAAGGUUUGUGAAACUGGUGUUAUUCUAGUUGGUUCAGAGAUUAAUUGUGUCAAACCAUAAGUGUCUAGGAUAUUUAACAAAUCAGAGGUGUUUGCAUCAGAGAUUUGUGCAGUUAAAUUACAAUUUAAGUCUCCAAGAAAGUAUAAUUCAGAGUUUUCAGCAUCGAUUCGAUCGAUUGUGUUUUCAAAUAGAUUUAAUAAUUAUCUAGGAGAAUUGGGUGUGGACGAUCGCUCUUCGAACAUUUUUUUUCAAUUGCGCAUGUGUCGUCGCGAACUGUUUUCACGACCGUCUCAAAAAUCGUCUAGUGGGAGAUCCGCCUUUAGUGUUAGGAUCUUGCCAGGAUCUUAAUUUGGAUCUUGGAAUGUUAUGAUCCUCACAGAAAUUAUCAGGAUCUUGUUCAUAUCAGGAUCCUAUUUAGGAUCCUACAGGAUCUUAUUGGGAAUUUCUGUGAGAGAAGGCAUGUGUUAUCAGUGCAUGCUGACAUGAUUUUACUGUAUGGUAAUUAUUUCAUGGAAUUAAUAUUUUUUCUUCUUAAGUAUGCUGAUGGUGUUUUGACUGAUGAUGGUGAUGUUUUUCUUUAUGGAGCAAAAGUUGUUUAUAAAGAUUUUAAUAUUUCUUCAAGCAAGGUUUGAUAUAUUUUGUUUUUAUAUUUUUUAAGAUGCAAAUAGACAAUUUGGCAAUUACAUGUCAAGUGAGCUUUUCGAGUUAAUCUUUUUAUUUAAGCCCGACCACGCCUCAAGCACUUAUUUUUGUCGAGGGCUUACAAUCAUGCAAGUCAAAGAAAGAAACGUAUUUUGGACCUUUUGAGUUGCAUGAGUAAAGUUUAGUCGCCCUGUGUAGUCCUGUUACUAACAUCUUUCGAGGUUGAUCCAUUCUUGGUUAAUAGUCCACCUAAAAUUAACCAGAUAAUGUUAGCUGGAGAAUGCCUGGUUAAUAAUCCACCAGGAAUCCUAGUUAAAGGCACAGUUCAGCCGUUUUAUUUGAAAAAACUAACUAGGAAAAUCAAUUAUGCAUAAUUCAAGAUCAGUAAACUCAAUGUUUUUAACAAUAAAAAUGUUUUAAAAUGUUAAAAACAUUAAGUUUGCUGAUCUUGAAUUAUGCUUAAUUGAUUUUCCUAGUUAGUUUUUUCAAUUAAAAGAGCUGAAAUGCACCUUAAAAACCAUCAUUCAAAAGGCUGACUGUGCCAUUAAAUUAGUCAUGAUCAAAUUAACCAUUCAGGAAUAUGGCAUAUUAAAAUGGCUAGGAACAUAAAGUUACCCCAAACAGUGUUAAUUUCAGAUUAACCAGGAAAUUUUUUGAGACCUGAGAGUGUUUUUAUAAUGUAGUAAGACUUAAGAGUGUCUUUCAUUGUCGAUUUAGUGUAAAUGAUACUUUCGAGUUUGUCACUUUGUCUACAUACAGUAGGCUUAAUUAAACCGCUGUGCUGAGUGGUUAUAUUACUACCUUAAAAAAUAAGCAGAAACUCGACGUUUCGAGCGAAGGCUCGACGGAAACUCGACGUUUCGCUCGAAACGUCGAGUUUCUGCUUAUUUUUUAAGGUAGUAAUAUAACCACUCAGCACAGCAUUUCUACAUUGGUACUACCUACACUGCAUGGUACAGACAGUUUUAAUUAAACCGGUUAUUGAUUGUGUUCGCAACGGGUAUCGGAUCUUUGUAUAUCUGAUGGCAAAAUACAUCUAAAAGUAUGUGGUAGAAAAUAUUGUGUAUAUUUCAUGUAACGUCUAUCACCGACAUUUUAUUGGUAAUUUUACAGUAUAUAGAACAAUUAAAAUCUGAUAUCAGUGAAUAGUUACAUAUAAUAGCGACCUAAGUCUUACAUGCAUUUAUUUGUUUUGAUGGAUUAAAAGCAAAUUAUUAUUGUUAGAUGGGCAAAGUUGUAUGUGCAUGGGCAGAAGGAUAGACUUGCGUGGGUCGAAAGCGGGGAAAACUAACGAUUGUUUGUUGUACGUGUGACGCCUGCCCUUGGUUUUAAGGAUUGAAACUUAAUUUGUAAUCUAGUGUGCAGUCUAGUUAACUGGCCACUGUAAUAUGUUCUUCUAUAGUACAGUUAUAAGUAUGUUGGUUUGGGAUGCAACUCGGAGUUUUAUUUUCUUCUUUUGUUUUGGCUUUAGCAUCCCACCGAUAACUUGCAGGUUUUCAGACUGGAGGAAGUUGAAAGCGUCUUGGGUAAGUAAAUGCAGCAUGGUAGAAGCGGGAAAAGUAUCAGAACUUGGGAAUCAACUUCCCAGAAAUGUUUCAUUAACUACAGAACACAAACUUUGCAGAAAUUAUAAAUUAACAGUAAUUGAUACUGCUAACAAUAAUUGGUAAUUGUAAGUAUUAAAUUAUCACUAAAUUAGCUUUUUACCAACAAUGAAUGUACAUGCACUACGAUAGAGUACGGUCGUGCCACCUGUUGAGUUUUUUUAGUUACAUCUUCACUAGCCAUGUAGCUGAAAUUUCUGAAAGAACAGACUGCAAAAUAUAUCCAUCAGAUACUUUACCAUACAAAACUAUACUCGUGUUAUGAAGUCGUUUUCUUGUUUCUUUAGUGUUUCUACUCUCACAAUUUUAGGCAUUUCCGACUUAGAAGUGUUCGCUUUGGAAUAAGAACGUGAAAGUAGAAAUAAAAACUUUGUUGCAGCAGUUUAAUUUCGCCGUACAAAUAUACCUGUUUUAUAUGUAUAUCUUUUUCGAAGUGAGAUAUACAAGUGCAAAUUGACCUUCUUUAAAUUCGUACUUGCCCUAUUUUUAACUCCAUAAAAACUACUUUUACCCAUGGAGAAACUAUUUGACUUUAAAAAUAAGCUGGAAUUAUGGAGGUGAUAUAGGCUAGUUUCUUUGCAAACAGUGAUUCAGUACUCGGUAGUGUACUUGUUGUAUAUGAAGAAAAGUCUAAAAUGAUUUCAACAUCCAUCAACAAAAAGGAGUCGCGCUUAUUACUACCCGUUAGAAGAUAGACAAUUAAUUUAAAUCACUAGGAACCCGUUCUACAAUAUAAACUAGAAAUCGGCCAAACAAGGUCCGAUCAUAUCAUGUUCUUCGAAGCAUCUGCUCAAAACAGUCCAACAUAAAUAUCGCCACUCAUCUUCUUCGUAUGAAAAUAUAAGUUUUCCUUUCAAUUGCUUUCCUUACAAACGGUGAUCGCUAGAUAGUAUACUUCAAAAUAAGGUUUCCGUCUUUAUAACGUACAAAAAACUAUCCUAACACAAAACUAAACCCUAAUACUAACCCUCGCCCUAACCCUAUUCUAACUCUAACCUAAACCCUAACCUAACCGGAACUUAUUUUAAAAAUUGAUAUAAAAACGGAAACCUUAUUUUGAAGUAUACUAUCUAGCAAUUGCCCUUUAAAAACAUGAGUCAUUAGGUUGAAGAGUUAGUCUAUAACUUCCAACAAAAAAAAACCCCAGAUGCUUUCAAAAACCAGUGAAUCACGAUGCUGUAAACUUCAACAUCCUUAGAAAUUGUAAGCCAAACAUCGAAAAGCAAAAUUUGCGGGAAAAAGCUCAUGAGCCUGCACUGUUUUUAUGCAUCGUCGACGAAAGCCCCCUCUGUUUAAGACAAGUAUAUAUAUAUUGUCAGCUUUGACAUGUGUCAUGAGUCCGCAGCAAGAAUCACGCUCACAAUCUCAGAAGUGAAAGGCGUUUUCUCUGACGAUUGCGCCAUUAGAUUACUAUGUCAUUAAGGUACAUGCUAACACGUCUUUACAGGACGUACCGUAUUUGUCUAUAAAUCGGUAACCAUUACAGUAAUACAGAACAAAUUACAGAAAAUGUAAACAGAUUACAGAAGCGGAAGUGGGAAGUUCUUGUAAUCCUUGUAUUUUGACUGUAAAGCCGAAUAAAGGAAAUUUUAAGCAAUGAGCAUGUAAAGGAAUAACGUGGCAGAGAAAAUGUUGUAAUUUUUUUCCAUACAGGAAAUCGUUUCAUGUGAAUGUAUGGGAAACCCCAGGAAUAAUUGCGAAUUCAUAUCCCUUUCAAGAUCAAUCUUGAAGAGAAUUAGUAGGAAAGGGUUUUUCAUUGCUCAUUUUUGCCUCUCUCAAUUUUAGGUUUGACCCGAAGAAAUAUGAUCGCUCUUGCUUUGUUGCUUGGCUGUGAUUACCUUCCUGCCGGUGUUCCUGGAGUUGGUAAAGAGACAGCAAUGAAAUUAUUUACAUCUCUACCUGGUGUGGACCUUUUGAACAGGUGGGUAGUCAAUGCCCUGCUUGGCGAUACAGACCUGAAAUAUACCCGGGGUCCAAGUGAUGAACACAGCCCUCUGAAUGAUCGCUAUAUAAACUUUAAGAGUAUGAGCGACCAUUUUGUUUAA